GUCAACAAAAAAUGCCACCACCACCACCAGCUGCAGUUGGGAUGGCUGAGCCAACUACGUUCCAAAAGAUGAAGAUGGGUGCUCUUAUGGGAUCUACUGUCGGUUUGACUAUUGGUUUUAUCUUUGGUGGAUUCUCCAUCAUCAGAGCUGGACCAGGUCCUAGAGGUGUUAUGGGUACUUUAUCACAGUAUAUGCUCAGUUCUGCUGCAACUUUUGGUUUCUUCAUGUCGAUAGGAUCUGUUAUUAGAACUGAAGAGGAAUUCAAUCAAAGAAGGAGGCUCCCAGUGAGGGUCAUGAAUGAAAAACAUCUUUGAUUCUUUGUUAAUGC